AUGGCGUUUCCUGCUGACACAAUUGAGCUUGAGGAUGGUGUUGCUUUCCGGCAUGGGGAGGGGGCUGCCUGCAUCGAAGACGCCAUCCCUUCGUCCUCAGCGUCGCGGGUCCUUUCAUCCGGUACAUCCUCUUUUGCAGAUCUGGAUACUACCGAUCACGAAGGGCAUGAAUCUGCUUUUCCACCUGCGGACAAGGGAACUCAGGCCUGGUUUUUCCUUCUGGCAGCUUUCGUCGUUGAGGCCAUUCUUUGGAGCUUUCCAUUUGCAUAUGGAGUCUUUCUCGAGAGCUAUCUGAGCGAUCCGACGUACACAUCGCAGCAAAACGCAGCUUCGUUGCUGCCCUUGAUUGGCACGGUCUCUUCGGGUAUCAUGUACUGUGCUGGUGCAGUUGUCUAUCCUGUCAUCGUCAAGUAUCCCCGCGUCCGUCGUCCGGCUGUAUGGAUUGGGGCAACGCUUUGCGCAAGUAGUCUAUUCGGCGCCAGCUUCACGACGCAGAUCCCCGCCCUCUUCGCCCUCCAGGGCGUCAUCUAUGCCAUCGGUGGCAGCCUGCUCUACUUCCCCACCAUCUUCUACAUGAACGAGUGGUUCGUCCGCCUGCGCGGGACCGCGACCGGCAUCAUGUUCGCCGGCACCGCCGCGGGCGGGCUCAUCCUCCCCCUCGCCUUCCCGCGCAUCAUCGCCCGGUACGGCGCGCCCAAGACACUGCGCUAUUUCGCUGUAGCCAUGGCCGCGAUGCUGCUGCCCGUCUUACCUUACAUCAAGGGCCGCCUCCCUGCGAGGGUGUAUGGCCCCGCGCCGCGGUCGAGCAAACGCGACUGGCUGAGAAAUCCGUCGUUCUGGCUGUAUACGGUGGUGAAUUUGAUUCAGGGCUUUGCGUACUUUAUGCCGAUUGUGUGGUUGCCUACAUUCGCGAGCGAUCUGUCACUGGAUUCACUCCACUCUGCUGCUGUCUUGGCUGCGCUGAAUGGUGCUUCUGUUGUUGGCGGCAUGGUCAUGGGGUAUCUCUCUGACCACUUCAAUGCCUGGCUCCUCGCAUUGAGCUCCUUAGUUGCCACUGCCCUCGCCACCUUUGUUCUCUGGGGCGUCCUUGGCAAUACGUUCGCUGGCCUAAUCGCGUUCGGGAUUGCCUAUGGCAUUGUAGCGGGCAGCUUUAGCAGCCUGUUCCUCUCGUUUGCCCGGAUGUACGCAAAGGAAGACCCGACAAAUUCCACAACCCUCUUCGGGUACAUCUCCCUAGGCCGCGGUAUUGGGAAUGUACUGUCGACGCCAAUCGCAACGGCGCUGACUGGUAUGGGCUCUCAUCUAGUGAAGGGAGCUACGGGGUUCGCGGUCGGUGGUGGAAGAUUCGAAAGCAUGAUCCUCUAUACGGGCACCUGCUUCACGGGGGCUGCUGGGCUCGCCGUCUUCGGCUGGCGCUCGGAGAUGUGGGCGCUUCGUAGACAGUAA